AUAAACUGAUUCUUUUACAGUGAUACCGAGCUACUGAGACUGUUGGUCUACCUGGGCUCUAUGUACUACGACGUGAUAGAGGAAACGCCGGCUUAUACGUGGGACACUCUUUUGAGCAACAUUGGUGGUUCUCUCGGCCUUUUCAUCGGCGUGUCUCUGGUCAGCAUACUCGAAGUGCUGGAAUUCCUGUGGGAUGUCUGCAGAAUUUCCCUCCGUCGAUGCAGAAAAACUUCGAGAUUGGAAGCGUUACCUAAAGACGAGGUCAAUAACAUACCAUCAUCAUAAAUGUUUGGAGAUUCAAUAUUUUUAUGUGAAUUAUUGAUUUUAAGUGCAACUUUAAUAUCUACGCUCUUAAUCAUUGCCCUUUUUCAAGGUUUAAUGUUCUGAGUAUUCAAAUCCUAACUUUUUGAGUGUGUGAUACUAUUUUAAUUUGUUUCAUUUAUCUGUAUAUAUUUUAGAAACCGAGACUCGGUGUUAAAUGUUUGCAUUCUCAAAUGAAGAGAUAAUAUCCAGGUGAUGAAAUUUUCUAAUGUGUAAUAAAUGAUCCACAUGAACAUGCUUGUUGCUAUUUUAUCUCAGAUUUUGAUAUGUAUUUUGUCUUCAUCCAAAAUGCACGUACUACUGUUACUUCUCUUGUACACCAUCGUUGUCAUUAAUCAGACUAUUCAUUCAUAAAUCAAUCAGAUUACACACUAUGCAUUUUGUACUGUAAUGUAUUCAUCAGACUUUAGCUUUAUUAUAUAAAUAAGUGAUGUGUUUCAGGCUGCAUUUGCAGCAAGUGAAUCAAUUUCAUUCAAUUCAUGGAUAAUCAUUCAGUCAUUCGAAGUAAAGGUUUCACAACAACUGCAUCGUUUUCCUAAUGAUAUGUUUUUCUGUUUUAUAUGUAUAUAUAGACACACUCACUCACUCACUCACUCACUCUCUCUCACACACACACACAC